UAGCUAACACUAUAAAAAAUUUGUGUCAUCGCAAAGUUACAGCUGUUGACAAGUUAAAUUUAAUCAUUAUUCAAGAAAUUUAAUAUAUACAAGAUAAAUUUACAAGUUCAAAUUUGUUAAAUUUGCUUACUUAAGAUGCCAAAAGUGCGCCGAAGCCGAAAACCACCGCCAGAUGGCUGGGAACUGAUAGAACCAACUCUGGAGGAACUGGAGCAAAAAAUGCGCGAGGCCGAAACAGAGCCGCAUGAGGGCAAGCGUAUUACGGAAUCAUUGUGGCCCAUUUUCAAGAUCCACCAUCAGAAGACUCGCUAUAUAUACGAUCUGUUUUAUCGGCGUAAGGCCAUUAGCCGGGAAUUGUACGACUAUUGUCUGAAGGAAAAGAUCGCCGAUGGCAAUCUGAUCGCCAAGUGGAAGAAGUCAGGAUACGAAAACCUAUGCUGCCUGCGCUGUAUCCAAACUAGGGACACCAAUUUCGGGACAAACUGCAUCUGCCGGGUGCCCAAAUCUAAGCUGGAGGAAGGUCGCAUUGUCGAGUGCGUCCACUGUGGUUGUCGCGGCUGCUCCGGAUAGAGCCCAUAUAGAGGAUUCUCUAUAUGAUAUAAAUCAUCCUCACCCAAUGUAGUUUAGUAGGUUCCAUUAUAGAUUCCACGUGGAGAAACCAUAGCAUGUAAAUACACUUAAAUGCAAGCCACAAAUAUCUCUAAACAAAGCAUGACAUUUGUGAAGCUGCUGUAAUAAAACGAUUUUAUAAAUGAUGCUCUCAAAUUGUUCAAGAAAGUUCAGUAGUUAAUGGUUAAUUGGCUAAGAUGUUUUUAUGUAAAACAAUUUUUUUUAAUAGAAUUUGUAGGAAAAAAAAUAUAACUUUUGUAAGGUUGUAAUUUAUAAAUAUAAAUUAUAUCCUUGAAGUAUAGAUUAAUAAUAGUUAACAGUCUAGUUAGUUGUUUAGCAAAAUUCUUUGAUUUGCUAUGCUUCUUUCUGUUUAGCAAGUUUUCUGAAAAUCCUUAGCAAAUCGGAGCAUUAUCAGCAUUAAAUACUUUCAAUCAUAUUUGCAUUUAAUAUUUUUGGUUGUUUUUUUGAACUCAGCUAAAGUCUAUUCUAGCCCAAUUCAAAUAUUAAAUUUGUCUAUAACUUCAGAGAUCUGUUCACUUAAUUUAAUUUAAGUAUAAGGCUUAUUUUGACCAUGAAAAUAGAUGAGAUUUCUCUAUUGAUUUUUAAAAUAGCGAAAUAAACAAUUGAAAUUUA